CCCUUCCUCUUCCAUUCAAGGACCCGGGAGCUUGAAAACGCGCUGCACCUGCUUUAGAUGAAUUAUGGUAGAACUGGAAGUAACUCUCUCACCCCUCCCUUCCCAGCUCUCAAGUCACAUCUCCAGUACAGACACAACCCCUGUGAUUAGACGCUGAUCUCCCCAUCUGAAUGGGACAGAGAGAGAGAGGAGGGACCCAGGAUAUAGAUUGACUUCCCACCCUCCUCCCCCCCCGCCCUUGAGAGACUUCCAUUGAGGAAAACGGAACACGAGAAGGGGGCGAAGGAAGAAGAAACGGACACCCCCCCCACUCACAAUAAGAGAAGGAAGCGGCAAAGCCUUUAGUAGGAGAAAAGUAUGAUCCUGCCUCAACUGCGUUAGUGCUCUCUCUCUUUCUCUCUCUCGCUUUCUUUCUUUCUUUCUCUCUGUGUCUUUCUCUUUGUCUCCGAGGUGUUUAACUUUGGGGGGACGUCGGGUUGCCUGGGAGUUGGAGGCAUUUCUGCUCCGCCGGGGACGACACGGGACGCGGCGGCCGCGGCAGAAGCAGGAAGGAGGAGGAGGAGGAGGCGGCGGCGGCGGCAGCCACAUGCUCGCUCCGAGUAGGGGGUGUUAAAAGUUGAGACUCGAUUCCCGGCGCUGUAGAUCAAAACAGGUGCUGCUAGCAAGUCAUGAUGGUUGAAUCUGCCUCGGAGACAAUACGUUCCACUCCCUCCAGUCAGAAUGGUGUCAGUGGGCUAAACAAUCCAACUGAUGGAGGAGGUGGUGGUGGAGGUGGAGGUGGUGGAGGAUGUGGAAGAGAGGGAGGAGCCAGUGGAGAAACCAAUGGAGAGAUGAGCCCAGUGGAACUCCUGCAUUUUCAGCAGCAGCAGGCUCUUCAGGUGGCACGGCAGUUCCUUUUGCAGCAGGCGACAGGGUUGACCUCUCCCAGCAGCAAUGAAAAUAAGCAGCCAGCUGUUCAGGUGCCAGUGUCUGUGGCCAUGAUGUCUCCUCAGAUGAUUACCCCCCAGCAGAUGCAACAGAUCCUUUCUCCUCCCCAACUCCAAGCUCUUCUUCAGCAGCAGCAAGCAAUUAUGCUGCAACAGCUGCAGGAAUACUACAAGAAGCAGCAGGAGCAACUUCAUCUGCAACUGCUGACUCAGCAGCAAGCUGGAAAGCAGCAAGCCAAAGAGCCAUUAGGGAAUAAGCAGCUGGCAUUCCAACAACAGCUACUGCAGAUGCAGCAGCUGCAGCAGCAGCACCUGUUAAACCUCCAGCGACAAGGGCUGGUCAAUUUACAGCCAGGACAAGGCACCGUUCCUCUGCAGACCCUUCCACAAGCUGUGUGUCCCUCAGACCUUCAGCAGCUGUGGAAAGAAGUUACUGCUACUCAGCCUGUAGAAGACAGUAUCAAACAAGAGGGACUUGACCUCAGCACCUCCAAUUCUACCUCAUUUUCAGCUGCCAAGGUCUCUCCUCCAAUUUCCCAUCACCCUCUCCCCAAUGGACAGAACGCCAUGCUCGCACAAAGGAGGGACAGCUCUUCACAUGAGGAGUCUCCUGCCUCUCACCCUCUGUAUGGGCACGGAGAGUGCAAAUGGCCUGGUUGUGAAACUCUCUGUGAGGACUUGGGACAGUUUAUCAAACACCUCAAUACAGAACAUGCACUUGAUGACAGGAGUACAGCUCAGUGUCGAGUUCAAAUGCAAGUGGUACAGCAGCUGGAAAUACAGCUUGCUAAAGAGAGUGAACGUCUCCAGGCAAUGAUGGCCCACCUCCAUAUGAGACCUUCAGAGCCAAAGCCCUUUAGUCAGCCUCUUAAUCUGGUUUCCAGUGCUACCCUCUCCAAGAGCACUUCUGACACCUUCCCUGAUGGAUUACCUCAUCCCCCCACCUCUGCAACUGCACCCAUUACUCCAUUACGGCAGGGUCCUUCUGUCAUCAGCUCAUCCACUUUACACAAUGUAGGGCCCAUUCGCAGAAGGAACUCAGAGAAGUUCUGCACACCAAUUUCCUCAGAACUUGCACAGAAUCACGAGUUUUACAAAAAUGCAGAUGUCCGCCCCCCCUUCACAUAUGCCUCACUUAUUCGACAGGCUAUCCUUGAGACACCCGACAGGCAGCUAACAUUGAAUGAAAUCUACAAUUGGUUCACACGGAUGUUUGCCUAUUUCAGGAGAAACACAGCUACCUGGAAGAAUGCUGUGCGCCACAACCUGAGCCUGCACAAAUGCUUUGUGCGAGUGGAGAAUGUUAAGGGAGCUGUCUGGACUGUAGAUGAACUUGAGUACCAAAAGAGAAGGCCACCAAAGAUGACAGGGAGUCCAACUUUAGUCAAAAACAUGAUUUCUGGCCUUAGUUAUGGAGCACUUAAUGCGAGCUACCAGGCAGCCCUGGCUGAGAGUAACUUCCCACUUCUGAACAGUCCCACUAUGAUUAACACAAGCUCCACUAGUGGCAUGCUACAUGUUGGCCAUGAUGAUGUGAGCAGCACUGUGGAACAAGUCAACAGCAAUGGCAGCAAUAGCCCCAGGCUUUCACCCCAGCAGUAUAGCCACCAAGUCCAUGUGAAGGAAGAACCAGUUGAAACAGAAGAUGACAACAGACCUGUUUCUCUCAUGGCAACAACUAAUCAGAAUGUGACGAUUCCUGAUGACAGAGACCUGGAGGAGGAGCUGCCAGUGGAAGAAUUGUCUUAAGGGCCCUUCUUCCUUACCUAUGGGCCAGCACUUCCCCAGAGACAAAACAAUGGCUCCCACCUCCUCAAGGUGACCUUCAGCGUUAUCUUGUUUAAGGCACUUCUUCAAAGCAAAAGGGUUUCCUUGGGUCUACCCGCUGCUGAAGGCACACCCUUCUUUCCCCGCCUUACAUCCCAGUGACUCUUAAUAGACAUUCGUGGAGAGGGAUGUGCAAAGAAACAAAAACCAGAGUUGAGUUCUUUAAUUUUUUUUUAAUUUUUGUAAUUGGUGAACGAGGAUGGUAGGUUGUUUCUGUCCGAAGACUUCUUUGUUGCCUCCCCCCUCCUCCAUUGCCCUACCCUCAUGGGGAUAAAAAGAAGGUGUCUUGUAUUGUCUGCUCUGUGUUUUGUUAUUUUCAGCUCAUACUGUGUUGUUUCCACAAAUCAAGAUUUUGGAAGCAUCCAGCCCAGCAGAGGGGGUAGCAGUCAAGCCAUGGGCUUCUGUGAAUGUUUCCUACUUCCUUAUGGAAAGCAUUCCCAAUAACCUGCCAGUUAAUUCCACUGAGAACUUUGCACUAGGAGGAUUUUUUCACACAUGUGUAUACACACAUAGACACUCAUGCGCUCACACACAUUCACCUCUGUGUACUGGAACAACUGUUGGAACCAAGAACCCUAAAGUGGCCCCAGUGUCCCAAUUUCUGUUUCUUUUCUCACUGAGAAAGAAAUGAAAACAAACUGGGUGUAACAAGCAAAGUGUAGGUCCACAAGUAGCCAAAGGUUUUCUCACUGCUAGACAUAAAACCACUUGGUUAGUCUUUCUCCAACCUGUGUUUCUGCCCCUGCAAGUUCAAGAAGCAGUGUUCUUUAAUCAGUCAUUCUUGACAGCCAUUUUUCACUUCACAAAGCAUUUUUCGUCACGAAACCCAGGGAUUAGCAUCUAUUCCACGACAUGACAUACUGUGAAUUUUUUUUCCCCGGAAGCCAAGGUCUGGGCAGUUGGAGAGAUAAUUGAUGGUACCCGGAAUGAGACUGAAUUCAGGGAACGACUUUAACUUCUGCGAGAUUAUCUUUUUGUUUGCACCUCUUUCAUUUUAGUAUUUUCCAUUUUAUCAAACACUGAGGAUGAGGCCCAAAAUUCUGAUUUUGCUAAUAAGGCUGGAAAGUAUUGGCUGUUUAUGUGAGGUUGCGGAGUGGGAUAAAUGAGAUGGCCUAGUAGACAGGGGUAGAGCUGUUUUGGCAGGCCCAGCAAAUCGAAAGCACUUGGUUUGAGAUGGUAUGGGGAAAGAGGGAAUAGGCUAAUUUAUGUGGCAGCAGAAAACAAAGACCUAGUUGACCAUGCAAACUCAAAGAUAUAUAUAUAUCUUUGAGUUUGCAUAUAUAUGUAAAGUCAACAUGCUUUUCCAUUGUGACCAAAGGUCAACAUACUUUUCCAUUGUGACCAAACCCAGUAAAGCUAGGAUGAAGAAUUCACCUCCCUCUUGUCUUUGACUUCUCUGGUGGAACUAUUAUCUUAUUCCACAGCUGGUGUGCUAAUUAUUAGUUUCUAGAUGCAGGCUAAUUUGGAGAGGGAACAAGAAGCUUCCAAAAUGCUUUGAUAGGAAAGAAAUUAAGUACAUCGUUCAGGUGAACAAACAAUUUACCAAAAAUCCUGCCACUAUCCUUUGAUUUUUGCCAGUUCAUUGUCUUUGUUGCCUUACAUCAGAGGAAAGAAAAAAUAUUAUCCAAGGGGCUUUUCCCGUAACAGAAAAUAUGUUUCCAAAGGUCCUUGCCUCUGCCUCCAUGAGAGGACAGCCCAAAAGGCUCCCUCCUGGUGACUUGGGACAUUGUCUGUGCUGGCGAGAGAAGCUGUUUGCUCAUCUGGGAACUAUGGAUGCAGUAAGUCAAGGAAGAUGGAUGCUAUGCUUCUGAGGAGUCUGUUUCUAAAUGAGAGUCAUGUUCCCCCCCCCUGCGCUGCCGCCGCCACCACCGCCAGUACACUUUGUAGCUUGUUUUCAGGUUCUAAAUGGGACUUCGGGUUCCUCCCACAAUGUUAACAGCAUGGGUGGAGGGGAGUGGGAGAGACAAGAUAAUCCUUGGUAACUUGGAUAACUCCCAGACCAGCACAACUACUUCUGUAUUUCAACAUUUUAUAUCUUAGGAGAAUAAACUUGAACAGUGCAACUUUGAACACGUGUUUGCCAACAUCCUCAUCAUACCAUGAGCCCAAGAGACAUGAUCUCCCCAUAUUUCUGACUAACUUUUCUUAGGAUUCCUUUCUGUAUUUCAUACUUAUGGAAUUGUUUUUCACUGUUCCAAGUGCAAUGUUGUUGAAAGUAUUGGAUAAGGUGAGGUAUAGAGCCUUUGGGCUAGAGAAUUAACCUGCUCAGAAGGUAGUCUUGUCCCUCUAUGGACACAAUUAUUUCAUUGAUUUCUAAUACAGUGCAUUCAAGUGUAUUAAAACCUAUGCCCAUUUUUCAUCAACUGACAAAUCAUGGUAAUACCCCUCCUCUCCAAAUUUCCAGACUUGGCUCAGAAGUUAUAGUUAAUCACCUGGCACUAUCUGUGCUUUUUAAAAACAAUUCUUUAUCUCAAAAGAUAAAGACUGGCACAUUGUUUCUGUAUAGCCCUAACAGCUGUUUUGCAGGUGAAUUGAAGAUGGGGAUCAAAUCAUAUUGUCAAAAUCACAUUUAUUCUCUCUCUCUCUCUCUCUCUCUCUCUCUCUCUCUCUCUCUAAAUUGUGGUGGUAUCAUCUGUUAUAGCCCUAAAGGCCACUUGGCAAAAUUCUCUCACGCCUGCUAAGUUUUUCCAAUUGAAAUAUCUUGUAGAAAUAUCCUUGUUGAAAUCAUACUAUCAAACUUCAUAUUUCUAUUUCUUAAAUUCUAGUACACUAUGCACUAUGAUUUCUAUCCACCUUAUGAGCCAGUUCUCCCCACCUCCCAACUUCUGUGUUUUGCAGAUGAUUUUCCUGAUGGAAGAGGAGCCUUAUCGCUCAAGUCACAGUGGGUGCAUAUUGCCAUUACCCUGCCUUUUGUAAACCUUGAGAGACUGUCCUAUCCAAGUGAUGGUACUGUCCAUAUAAUACAAGUAAUAGUUUUCUAAUUCCUUUCUCCUUCCUAAAUUAUGCACGUAAGGGGCCCCACAUUGUUUCAGAUCUAGACAGACAUGAAGGUGGUGGGAAUGAAAAAUACCUUUCUGAAUCAUGGCUGCCAUAAUAAAAGAUUGCCACAAUUCUCUCUCUGAAAAUGGCUGUAGCAUGGUUUCCAGAGCCUACACUAGAGGGUUCCAUUGAACAUGGAUCUCCUCAGUUUAGCUUCCCAGUUUCUCCAACUGGCCGAGCACAAUUGGAAAAGAUUACCUAAGUGAAUUGAGGGAGUGGCUGUGAUUUGAAGGGGGGUGUACUCCAUCAUUUUAGGGACAAAGAAUGAUCUCUAAGCUAUAGUAAAUCAGAAGUGAUCAUAUUUAAGAAAUGUAGAUCAGACUAUUAUAAGAUUUUAAGAACAUCCCCAGAUAAACUAUCCAUUGCCAGUAAGUGGCUUGCUGUGAAAGCCCACAAAGCCAAGAUAGGUCUGUAGGAGCUGAGAAUACCUCAAAACCCUCCAACUAUCCCUCAGGACUCUGCUCAAUGUCAGAAACAGUUUGGAAAAAUGUUUGAUCAAAAGCACACCACACCUCACUUUCCCUCUUGAGCUCCUAUUUAAAUGUCUCCCUUGUGCUCUCUCCAGAAUGCUUUACAAUUGGCUUAACCCUUGACCAAAGACCUUUCUUAGACAAGAAGCAUGAACCAAAACAGUCUUUAAUUUUUGUUGGGUGCUUUUAUUCUGAUUUAUUCAAACUGGCCAAAAAAAGAGAGAAAUUAACAAAGAUCCUGCAUCCCUUUAGCCCUUUUGUCACUUUCUUUUGAUUUUAAGUUAUUAUUUAAACCAAAGUUUACAGGUGUUGUGUAUACGUCUAAUGAAGGCAGAUCAGAAUCAUGGGUUGUUGCUUUUAGUUUGUUGUGUGCUUAUCCAAGGGUACAGUAUGGAGCCUAGAGAGCUUCCAUUCCAUGGGUCUUUUCUGAAUCAGCUCCUGCCUCCACAUGUUUCUUUUUACAGAUCAUUUUGCCUGUUACCUUUUCAGCUGUUGUAGUCCAUGACUGGGAUUUUUCGCUUUGUUUUUAGCAAUUGUAAUCCCCCCCCGCUUAAUUUCCAAAUGUGUUACUGCCCUAACCACUUCUCCUUAUCUUGCACAAUGACUAAGAACCUUAUGUGUUUUUAAGACAGUCUCCAGGUAACAUGUGUCUCUGUGAAGCUUGGAACCCGAUUCAUUAGAGCAUCUUGAGGUACUGAGAGUCAGUCUACAAAUUAUAUAGUUGGAAGGGCUAGAAUUCUAGACUAUAUCAUUUCAGGCUGCAGUUAUUGCUCUUAUGUUUUUCCUACUCUCCUGCACAGAAAAUGUUCCUAAAUGUCCUGAACAGUGUAUCACAAAGCAAGUCUAAGCAUGGUCUUCUUCCAGAUGUAUUAGUUUAAUAAAUACAGGAUAGGACUUAAUAACAUGGGGCAGUAUUAGAAGAAAGUCUUGCACAUACUCACCUGACAUCUGAAAUGGUAUAUUCUGGAAUUUCCUGGCAUCACUCUGUGCAGUGUAUAGAAGGUCAACUCUAUGCAUGCAGUGAGAUUAUUCUUUGAAUUACAACUGCAUCAUCUGUGUACUGUUGUAUUGUGUCACAUUGCUCUCCAAGCAACUCCAAAACUUAGCAAUUACAAUCCAGUGCUAUUGUCUUCCCCCUUAGCCUUCCUUUUCUUUCAGUUUCCAUUCAGGCAGCUACUUUAUCAGUUUGAUCUCUUCAGAGAUGCUACCAUCUAAAUUCAUGUGAGCUCAGUCUGGUUUUUUCAUGUGUUGGGCAUCUGCAGCUGGUACUGAGAUGUCCAGGAUGUAUCUUAUUACUCCAGUAUUAAAGUGAUGUUUCCUGGUAAUGUACAGUCAUUUGAACAGCAACCAUCUUCACUUGUGGGAAGAUACUAUCUUUAGAAAUAUACUUACUGUCUCUGUUUAAACCAAAACCUGUGUCUCACUGUUGGGUUUGUUCAUCUUGACCCAUUUCAAUGGAGAGACACAAAAAAGGAGAAUGUUGCUCAGGGUUAAUGAAUAUAUAACUGCCCGCUGUAAAUUGAGUUGUUGUUCCAGUAAUAGAGGGAUGAGAACUAAAAUACACACAUGUGGUACAAUCUAAGGAUUAAGGUUUUCUAAUAUACUCCUUUUGAGCUUCAGAAACUGGAAAAGUUGGAUUGUUGGUCUGAACGAGUCUCUGGUAUGAUAACUAGUGGUUGCUAAUUCCCUCCCACUGAAUAUUCAAGCAGUAAUGCUGUCAUCACCCUCACGUUCUCAUUGAUACAAUUCAAGAAAAGCUAUACCAUGAUUCUGUUGUAUAUGAAUCGGCAUUGUGCUCUGCAUCUGGAGCAGCCAUGGCAGUAUCAGUGGCUGACAUUACCAUUAUAUUGAGCAUUUUCAGUCUUUUUGAGACCUUUGAUUACAUUGGCAGGACAUUGCCUCCUCAUGCUUGAUUUAGAUAAUAUUGUGAAGUCUGUAUGGUCCACAUGCAAGGAGGUGAAUGUAUUAGCCCCACCCGUUUUAUUCAUUGUUUUCCUCCUAUGUCUAAAGAAGAGAGCCCGCAUUAUCCAUGGAUACUGUCCAUGUGAGAUAAAAUCCUGUGGGUUUUUUUUCCUGUGUUCUUUCUUAUGCAACGAGCUGCCGUGGAUGGAACAGGUUUUCCUCUUAAGACACAGUUGUUUUUCUGUGAAUAAGGUGACAACGGAGAGAGUGAGACAAGUGUGCUCAUCUCCCUGCAUGUAGAGUACAGCACACACCCUUCAGUAGCACCUAAAUAAGGCCUAGGGUUGAAGUAAUAGACCUCAGUCAUUUUAAUGAAUGGACAAUCCUGCCUAUGCAAAAUUAAGUUUUGUUCCGGAACAGGGCAUCUAUCUCCAAACUCCGUUGCCCUUGCUCUCCAUUACUGACAGUUAGUGCUGCCUUCAACUUUCAUGUAACAGUAUUAAGGUGUGUAUCCUUGGAGGAUCAUUAAAGGCCUAGUUUUCCCUAAAGUAAAAUAUCUGUCUCUGAACUGCAUCAUUUCAGACUGCAGGAAACAUCCAAGUUGAUGUGGCAGAGUAUUCCCAUGUACAACAGCAGAUUCCCUCUGUAUAGGAAACCAGUUAUUGGGUAGAAGAAUUCUUGACAUGGAUUGUUUUGUUUUUUAAAAAUGUGUCAGAGCUUUUAAACAGAUGAAUUGUCUGAAGCGGUACAGCAAAGACACCGUCUUUUAACCUCAGUGAGAACUAAGCCAAAAAGUCAAUGAAAAAAACCUGUCCAUCUGUGUUGGAUACUAUUACAGUAUUCAGUUCCUCAAACAAAUGAUCUAUGCCCACCAAAUGCCAGAGGGGCUUUUCUCAUUGGCACCUAAUUUGGAAGCCCACUAGCCAUAAAACAUUGGAUGUGCUACCAUCACACUUCCACCUUGCAUAUUGAAGCCAGGAUUCUAGUACAGACUUGUCUAGUAUUGUGUGUGUGUGUGUGUGUGUGUGAGAGAGAGAGAGAGAGAGAGAGAGAGAGACUGUGUCAUUUAUUUGAAUCUCUUCUUUGUUGAAUCCACUUCUGGUUCUGAAGGGAGCCGGCAUAAAUUUGAGAGCUGGAUAAUAAAAUAUGAGAUUUUGGAAAGUUAGUCUCAGUUCUGUAGACAAUUUUGUUUCCUGCUGGUAUUUCCAUUUCCAUCACUUCAAGUAAAACCAUUAUCUCACCAUGUUUUUUUUUCCCCUUGGGUUUCUUGCUUUCCCUGAAAGGACUCCUUAGAACUUUGGCACAAUUUAAUCUUGAUCAUGUCUGCAGCUAUUCACUGUUGAGUGGUACUGCACCAUCGUAAUGAACAAAAUGUACAACAAAUAGUUCUAAUGUUUGAUGGUUUUAAACUUCUGGUCAUAUUUCACAUACACAUAAGUCCUUUUUUAAUAACACUGUCUCAGGAUGUUCUUUUGGGUUUGCCCGUAUAUAAAGCUACAAGAGUACUAACUUGAAAAUACUGUAGCAAGUUAUACAACUAGCAAGUUGUAUAUAGAACAGGAGAUCACAAAUUAAUUCAUGUCAGUAAUGCUGACUUCACUUGGCAGUUGGGUAUGGCCCAUUGGGCACAGCUUUAAGAAUCUUGUGUGUGAUUUUGCAACUGAUUAUUAAUAACGAGCAAAUCAUUAUUUCCACAGGCUAGAAAUAUGAAUGACUACAGCAAUAGGCCACAUAAAGAGAAUAUAAUUUAAUAUCACUGAAUAGAAUGCACUGCUUGCUAAAACUAUUCAGUUUGGGCUAUUUUUGCCCUCUUAACACCUUGACGUAUGAAACCUACUCUGACUUUUUUAAAAAAACUGAUAAGGCCUGCUGUUCACAUCAUUGUUUUUUCAGCAGUGCCCUUUGUAUAGGUCUGACUCAAGUUAUCUGAUCUGGUCCCCACAUGUGUCUUAAGUCAUAGCUUUUGAGCAUUUUAUUAUUGUUCCUCCAUCCUGAAUUACAAAGAGGCAUUUCCCAUAUAUAACUUUUUAUCUUUCCUGAUGGGCUAUCUAGAAUCUUUAAAACUGCUGGACUAGAAUUGACAUAGUUAAGACUUUUAGAAUGUGAGCAGGUAUAAGGCAAACAAUGGUAAUUGCUAAUUGGUUUAUUCUUGGAUGUCAGUUUUUGUUCUGUUACACUGGUAUAAAUCCAGAGAUUAUUAAUGGUUGAGAAUACCUAGGAAAUAAAGGAGAUCCAAAUAGUGCCAGAAGUUGAGUUGGGUUUUUUUCUGUAUUAAUAGUGCACUUCAAAUAAGCUUGGAUAGCCUCUGUUGUUCCUAUGGCCACUUUCUCAACAAAAUUGAGGAAUGACAUUGAAGUUUCAUGAAAGCUGUGAUUUCAUUCUCUUAAGUUUCUGACAUUGCAAAAGCAUUGGCCAUUUUCACACACUAGGAAAUGUUCCUUAAACUAUCAUUCUCCUGUGGCAGGCUUACAGUCCUGCAAGUUUUGCUGUGUCUUUGCCUUCUGAUGACUUUUAAAUAAAUAAAAACGUCUAAGAAGCAUCUCCAGGUAUAUGCAAAUGUAUGCAUAGAAAAUAUAUGUGUAGAACCUGUGAGACUUUCUGUUACGCAACCUAGGUAUCCAUGUCUGUUUUCCCACACUUCAUUGUCCAUAAGUCAUCUUAAAAGAGCUAUAUAGGAGCAUGAUUUCCUUGUUAUGGCUUCAAUUUUGUUCAGUUUCCCUCAUGCCUCAUCCAUGGUUGCUGAAGCAGCACUAUGACUGGCACAAGUUUUAAUAAAGGAGUCUCUUUUUCUUUCUUUCUUUCUUUCUUUUGUUUGCUUUCAAGUAUUUUGGCAGUGCUAGCCUUCCCUGAGUUUGUACUACAUUAGGUACAUCAGUGUUUGCACAGAUAACUUUUCACAAAUCUCCUAUUUUACUCAAACUACGUAUGGUUCUUUUAAAAUAUUUCAUUAUUUUAUUGUUACCUCAAAAUAGCUUUUUAAAAGGGUAUUGUGGGAAAGACCAAACAUUACUUGUGGCAGGAUAGUGUAUGUAUAUAUUGAUAUAUAUGCUGGUUUAAAACCUUACUAAAAUUAGUUUAUUGUUACCUGUUUAACUAUCCUGUGAUGAAAAUAAUGCAGGGAAUAUUUUAGGAAGAGGGUUUUUAUUUUCCCUUAAUCUGGAAAUUAGGAAGCCAUUCUUAUAUGUCUCUUCAACUUGACUUGGAGGCUGUUCCAGUUUUUCUUGUUGUUCUUGCCCCCCUCCCAAUAAAUUAGUUACUAGAAAAGGUGAACGUGGGAGGAAAUAGACCAAUGCCAGUUGGGACACUGGUAUAAUCAUUUCCAUUCUGUCCUCGCUUUCUUGGAGCUAGAGAAGUAUGAACCGAAGCAAAUCACAUUGUUUUAAACCAAAGGUGUGUGUUUCAGUUUUGGGUGUUGCUUAUCUAAUUUUUAAUACAGAUACUUUACAAGAAGAAGAAAAAAAAUCCCACUCAGAAAAAAAUCCACAGAAUCUUGUCUUGUUUUAUCCAUACCCUAAUUUCCAGGUGUUCAGCUCCUCAUAAACAUAGGUACUCUGCAUAGUUGGCAGGUAGUGUUGUUUUUCAUCUUUAGAUCAUUCCAAAGUGCAGAAGGAUUUCUCAAUAUGGAGUUCUCCUCUUGCUCAUUGUAGUAGGGCUGUACUACUAUAGGACUGAAAUACUGGAGACCCAUUACUCUGCCCUUCACUUUAACCAUAUUCUCUGUGGAACAGCUUUCAUGAUGAUCUUCCCAAAGAGUUGAGGCUCUGCUUCUCUGAGCUUUACACCACUUGGCAUUCUUGUCUUCCAAAUCUCUCACUGAAUCUCAGGUGGCAGGAAGAACACCCAAGAACCAAUGACUAGUGACUUUCAAAUCAUAUCAGUUUACCAGUUCAGCACAAGACAGGGGGGUCAUUGAUCUCACUGAAUGAAAAUGGGAAGUUGACAUGUCUCCUGGAAUGAUCUGAUUUGUUCAUUUGUAAUAUUUUAUGUUGGCCCUCAGGGGUUUCUUCUAAUUAAAUCUUCUUUGUUGCAAAUGGAUCUCUUCUCAUCCUAGUACCCAACAUGGGGGGUGGGGGAGACUGUGUCAUGUCAGCACUCACCCGUUGUCUUUUCCUUUGCCUGGUACACAGGAAGGGGCAAGAAAAAGGGGCAAGACAUGCAGUGACCUUUAAUAUUGUGGGUUUUUUCUUCCUCACAUUUGUUGGUUUGAUGUGAUUAUCCUUUUAGCAGGUGGCAAGUCAGUGUGAAGGGAAAGGUUACUGGGGAGGGAGAAGGAUGUCUGUAAACCUUUGAUCCAUUCUCCUCUUACGGCUUCACACUGCCAUAUUUCCACCCUGUAUAAAGGAAAUAGCAUUGCUGUGUAUUUGUACUCUGGACUUCUGUGUGUCUGCUCUGGCAGACGGUAAACCCUUGUACAGUAGAUCUAGCUGCAUGUAAUCUGUAUGGACAAUGGCAUUAUAAAAUGCAAUAAAAUUAAAUUACCUA